GGAUCGUUUUCCACGACUCCUCCCUUUUGUAGAUCGAGGAAGAUACGUCAUCGUGGGAGUGGCUCUAAGCAAGAUCACAACCGCAAACAACAAUGUUAACGAGGCUGCUGUUUCCUCUCAUUUUCAUGGCGUGUUACGCCUAUUCAAUGCAGGUAUACGAAAUGUGCCCUGGGACGCCGUUCUAUGUGCCGCGUCUGCCUGGGCAUGACCCCACAACAUCAAAUGUACAAUUCGCCCCGAAGGGUUCAAGCAGACCGGAAUUUAUUCUCAAGGGAACAACGCCAACAGAUGAUCGCUACAGUUUCAAGGAUGACACACUCUUCAUUCCUGCACUGAGUGAAUCAGAUGCGGGGACUUAUACUUGGUCUGGUGACACGAGGACAUUGAAAACCAUCCAAAUUGUCAUUAAAGAUUGUGCGGUACCACAGGUGGUUGUUUUCGGACAUCCUUUGAAGUUGAGCAUUCCGACGGAAGCAUACAGUCUGGAAUAUCAGCGUCCGUCUGAGAAGCAGACCAGGAGUCUGUGGGAUAGGACUGGCCAGAGUGUCUCUCAAAGGGGGUCCCAGAGGGGUUCUAGCUGGGUGGCUGAGAGAACAACCUAUGCCGAUCAAGGCUCUUACACUUUCCGGACCCAACUUGGAGUAGAGGUGUCAAAAGUACAGGUGAAAGUGAGAGCUGAUGUGCAAUACUACAACUUGGAUGACGGUGACAAAAGAUUUGACACUUUUGUCCCACUCAGGCCAGAUCAGAUAAAUGUGUUUUUUCUAAGCAAGCAAGAGUUUUAUGAUCCGGAAUAUGAUCAUAGCCUGUUAAUUGUUGAGCAUGGAUCAUGGAUCACAGAAAAUGAUUUAGGUAUUCAGAUAUCAUUAAACCAAGUGAAAGAUGGAGUCAACAUUGGGCUGUUAGAUUUAUCAAGCACCAAUGUAGGCACAUACAAGAUCUUGGACAUGGAUAGAAAUAUUGUUGCUGUGAUAUAUCUAAGUGGAAAAGAACUUGCACAGGACUACAGGUAUCUUUACCCAAUAAUUCCUGCUGGGCUUGCUAUCCUACUUCUUGCGUGCUGGUGGUAUUGCUGCUGUUACAAUAGCGAUAGCAAAAGCGAAACACCUUCUGAUCCAGCGGACGCCACUAAUGCACAGCCAGUUGAAAUGCAGGCGCUGGCUUCCACUGACAGCACAGCAGCCUGAAAUGCAUGAAAGUGUGGCGCCUGGAGCUCCUUCAGCCCUGGGCUCCUCAUCUGCCCUCCCCAGCCCCAGUUCCAGAUCCAGGACUUUGGAGAUGCUUCCGACAACACCCCCUCCACCUUCCUUCUAACCAUGGACACCACCACCACCACUAUUCCUCUGAUACGCUAGGCUAGUGCCGCCAAACCUGACAGGUCCAUCCUGGGGUUGGUGUCCAUAGUCCGUUCAAGGAUGUUUCCCAACUGCAUGACUAAGCCGAGGGUCUGGGAGGGGAAAAACAAAGCAAAAACAAGGCCGAGCUUUUAUGGGACCAUGCAUGUGUCAGCUGUUCCUCCCAUGCCCGCCUAAUUACCCAACAGGUGUCAGGCCUCCCUCAUAUGAUCACUGAAGUGCACUACGAAUACCACUUAUACUAACUGCACUGCACUCACUCUACAUAACUUAUUUGUGUGUGUGUGUGGGGGGGGGGAAUUGGGUAACUGAUAAUUAUGUACAGCACCUUGGCCGAAUAGGACCAGUGAACUGUGAUGCAUUGCAACGUUAACUUGCUCCCAGCACCAUUUAUCCAUAAAACUGAAGAUGGCGGUUGUUUGUCAAUUACCUAUAUAGAGAAGCAGAGGGCUUAAGUCAGGUAAGUCACGUCAGUGGCAUAAUCUACCUAUCACCAUGCCCACUAUGUGUCUUCUAAAUGAGCUUUACUUUCGACUGGUUGGUAUUCUUACGUGUCAUGUUUUCUGGUGCUGGCUGUUUUCAGUAGCAGGCUAUGAAAGGCCGUUCAAUUUUGCUAGCCUAGCACCAAAUACACAAAUUUAAGAAUAAUGAUUUGAAGCUAGGAGUCACUACCACAUCAUAUCAUGUGGUUGUUUUCCUGGACUGAAGGAUAACAGAACUUUGAAAGGGCAUAUCACGACACUCACUGCCUUCUGCACCACAAGAUUUGUAUUGUGAGUCUGUGUAUCGCGAUCUCUUGGUUCUAUACAAUAUCGUUACAGCCCUAGACACGAGUACUGUGUGGUACAGUAUGUUCAUGGCAUGUGUAGCGACUUCUCACAGUGGAAUCCAGUCAACUCCUAUAAUUAGUGCCUUUGUGUACAAACAAAUACAGCUGUAUGGAAUACCUCAAAGCUUACACAGGAAGACAUUCAGUAUCUCUCCAACAGGUGGGAAAACACUUAACUGCCACAGGUGCUGAUUUUAUCUUCUUGCUACUUGAGUUGAUGUACAGUCACAUUAUCACUUCCUACUGCUUCUGUGUUCAGAAACCUCUUGUAUGUCAACGUAUUGUUCUCUUUAUAGGGGUGAUCAGUGUUGGGCAAGUUACUCAAAAACUAAAGCAUUACUGAUAACAUAUAACUGUCUAUUUGGUUAUUACACCAAGCCUAUCACACAGUCCAUGCAUGCUGCAAUGUCUCAGCAAAUAGUCCUUGCAGUCAACACGAAACAAUCAGCCUCUGUGUGUGUAAAAAAAGGUCCCAUAUGAAUGUUGCAAACUAUCAGGUUUAAAUAAUUUCAUACUACCUUACAACAAGCUGGAAGUUUUUUUUUUGGUAUAUGUAUAUAAAAUUGAUAUUGUGUGAGUCAGUUAUGAAUGGGUUAUAGACUGCCUUUAACUAUUGUGUAAUCAUGUAAUGGCAUUGAAUGUAUCCUGUUACUAACUAUGAACACAUCCUCAUGAAAUGGUAAAAAAAGGUUUGUAAUUAAAAUAUUAAAUACAGUGUUCUCUUUCUUUUUUUCAUCAUCAACAAUGUUUCUUACACUAACAACAAGCAUCAUCUGGUUUGCCUGGUACAGCUGGUAGGCCUACUCAAAUUGAUUGUGCAAUUCCAUAUUUGCGGCCCUUGAAGACGUUUUAUCUGCCCCCCGAUACAGUUUUAAUUUUAUGCAACUUCACGUGAAAUAUGACAC